ACAGCGCUUCCCCGUCACGAUAAGUUUCCCUGGAAGCUCAGCGGGCGCAGGGGCUCUUGUAAAAGCAACAACUUGUCUUGAUAUAGCGCCUGCAUUGGUCUCGGGACGAUCCAAAGUGUUUUGCAACCAGUGGAUUACUUUUGAAGUCAUCAUUGUGGCAACGUAGUAAGGCUAAGCGUUAAAAUGGAAAAUAUAGCUUGGUGAAAGCCAUCCAUGGACGUUAUUCUGAUCAUUAAAACAUUAAAAGCAUAGUUGUUCUCCAACCCUCCUUCCCAACCGAUUACAGAAGUUCUGUUUUUUUUGGGACCUGUGUUUUCGUUUGCAUUUUAAGUCACUUAUCUGAUUCUGAAAUUGUCAGUAUGCAAUGUUGUCCUUCAGUCCAUCGUUUUUGCAAAUCAAGUUUGAUGAUUUACAAUUUCAUGAAAACUGUGGCGGGGGAAGUUUUGGUAGUGUGUAUAGAGCAACAUGGUUAUCUCAAGACAAAGAGGUGGCUGUGAAAAAGUUGUUAAAAAUAGAAAAAGAGGCUGAAAUUCUGAGUGUUCUCAGCCAUAGGAACGUCAUUCAGUUCUAUGGAGCUGUUCUUGAGUCACCCAACUAUGGCAUAGUAACUGAAUAUGCUCAUGGAGGAUCACUGUAUGAUUACCUGUCAAGUGCUAAAAGUGAGGAAAUGGACAUGGAUCAAAUCAUGACUUGGGCAACAGAUAUUGCUAAAGGUAUGCAUUACUUACAUAUGGAUGCUCCAGUGAAGGUAAUUCACAGGGAUCUCAAGUCUCGAAAUGUGGUGAUUGCUGCGGACAGUGCACUAAAGAUUUGUGAUUUUGGUGCCUCACGAUUUCACUCUCACACAACACAUAUGAGCCUGGUGGGAACCUUCCCAUGGAUGGCACCAGAAGUAAUACAGAGCCUGCCAGUGGCUGAAACAUGUGACACGUUCUCCUAUGGUGUGGUUCUUUGGGAAAUGCUGACAAGAGAAAUCCCAUUUAAUGGCCUUGAAGGUUUACAAGUGGCCUGGCUAGUUGUGGAGAAAAAUGAGAGGUUGACCAUUCCGAAGGGCUGCCCUGCCAGUUUUGCGGAACUCUUGCAUCAGUGCUGGGAAACAGAUCCCAAAAAAAGGCCAAGUUUUAAGCAGGUCUUGGGGAUUCUUGAGAUUAUGUCACAUGACAGCAAACUUCCAGAUCAGUGCAAUUCCUUUCUGCAUAAUAAGGCUCAAUGGAGAUGUGAGAUAGAGGCCACUUUAGAAAGACUAAAGAAACUGGAACGAGAUCUGAGCACAAAAGAACAGGAGUUGAAGGAACGAGAAAGACGUUUGAAAAUGUGGGAGCAAAAGUUGGUGGAGCAGUCCAGUGCACCUUUGCUGCCAUCCUUGGAUAUAUAUUCUUGGACAGAAGAGGAUGUGUAUUUUUGGAUACAACAACUAUUAGAUAAAGGUGACACAGAUUGUUGCCAGAAAGGUUAUGCUGAAUUGUUUAAAAGUCAUCACAUCACUGGAAGAAGGCUACUUUUGCUAACAGAACAAGAUAUGAAAGAUGUAGGAAUACAAUCCAAAGGACAUAUCAUUCAUUUAAAGACUGAAAUUGAAAAACUGACCCUUGACUACUUGAAUCUAUUUCACUUUCCUCCCUUAAUCAAGGAUGAGGAUUCUGAGGAGGAUGAUUUUGGAGAAAAAGUAGUGAAUCUGGAUCUGCUUUUCGGUUAUCAUUUAAAACCAGGCAGAGGAUCUCAGGAUUCUAAAUGGAAAAUGUAUGUGGAAGUGGAUGGUGACAGUGUUGCGUUGACCUACAUCAAAGAUGUAACUUUCAAUGCUAAUCGGCAAGACACAGAUAUAAUUAAAAUAACCAAGCCUCCCUACCUAAUGGAGAAGUGGAUUGUGGGAAUCAGUGAGAACCAGAUUGUUGAAUGUAUUGUUAAUUAUGAGAAUGAUGUCAAAACUCCAAAAACAACUAAGCACAACCACACUAUCACACUGAGUAGUGCCAACGUUGAAAUGAAGGAAGUGGUGCUAGUCAUCCAAGCCAUGCCAACAAAUACAGAAAACAAGUUUCAGAGCAAGUGCCAGUUAAAUGUUCGUCAACAAUGGUUUGAUACUUUAAAAUUGCGCAGAACAUCAACGGGCGACUCAUCACAAUAUUCUGCCAUUUUACCCCCUAACCAAACUGCUUCCACUUCCAUUACACAAUCUCAAUUGUUUAAUUUAUUUGCUAAUCAAGAUACUUAUGCAGCAGUUGUAAGACGUAUGCAGAGCCCCAGUAGAUACCACAUUGCUACUCCUCUGACUCAAUCCAGACAAAGCUCCAGCCCACUACCUACAACGCCAGUGUUAUGCAGUCGCCUUUCUACUGUACACCUCAGCUCUGAAGGAAGCAGCCUGUCAAGCACCACCUCAAACAGCAUUUUGGAGAGAGACCAUAUUACCAGUAGACAAAGCAGUGGCUAUCAGAGCAAUGAGUCCAAUGACUUCCUGUUUAAUAAAACAACCACUUCUGAAGGAUUUAACCACAUUAGUAAAAAAGGAGUUAGCCCAGUGUUCAUGCGGGGUAGUGGAAAUAGGCACAUGAGUAAGGAAUAUGGUAGGGAGAGAAGCAAAAGCACACCUCUGAGACAUUACUCUGGAUAUCAAUCAUCAGAAAGGAGGUAUUCUCAAUCCACCCGUUCUCACCAUGCUAAGUCAUGGGGCCCUGACAGAAACCUACAAAAGCAAUUUCAGCAACAAUUAGAUACAGAUAUUAAUGGAGUCUCAGGCAUGAAAGGUGCUGGUACUAAAAGUACAAAAGACACAGGUAAAGAGAGGCAAAGCAAACCCAAUGAAGGAGAUUGGAUUAAAGUUGAACGGCACAAAAAAUCUCAUAAAAAUGACUCUUUUAAAGUAUCCAGAGGUAGAGGCCGAGGAGCAGGACGUAGCCGACUGUUCUGACAGAAAACCUCAGAAGUUUACUUGUGUUUGUGUCAACUUAAAUUGUUAUUUCUAUUUGAACAUCUUUCUGUGUUCUAUAAUAUUUAAGGCAGAUGGAUAUGAUUUGCUAAUAGAGAUUGUUACAGAUUUGAGUAGGAUCUGAAACGUUCAGAAGAAUUCAGGCCUGUCACUGAGCCUGUCGUGGUUAUUCGGUCAAAACUCAGCAUUCAGUAAAUGGAAUCAGGGUUAAUGUAUAGGAUACCACCACCACCCCCACCCAUUACUUUAUACUGGCACAGGUUUUAAUAAAACCUGCAGUUCUAUGGUAACUUAUUAAUGUAGGUGUAUUAAAGAGAGAGAGUGAGCUAUGUAAGAAAUAGUGAGUGUGUGUGAGUUGAAUGUUGUGUAGAGAGGGGGAGGAAUAUGGGGCAUUGCCAUAAACACGAACACACACUUUGCAUUGACAGUAUAUGGAUAUCCCAACAUCACCUGUUUUCCUUGCCAUCCCCACUGAAAGUUUGGACUAAAACAAUCUGUAAAACCCAGACACACAUCCUAACAUAGAAUAGAAGGCAUUUUUUAUAAAAUUCAUGGAAUUGAGGACAAAUGAUUUAAAUUUGUUAAGAAUUGGCAAUAUGCGCCCAGUGUUUCCUAUAUAACUUUGUUUUGGAAUCACAAAUAUUUGUCGCAUUUGUUAACACAGGGGUAGUAGAAUAGAGAAACACAAAUCCAAAUUUGCUGAUGAUACAGAGGCAUGUGACAUUGCAAAUCCAAAAGUAAAUUUAGAUAUCAAGUGGGUAAAAUUGUGGCAACUAGAUUUCAAUGUAGGUGAAUGUGAGGUAUUCCUAAAAGGGAUAGAACAGAGUACUUUUUAUUACAAAAAUGGGUAAAUCUCAGAAGAGACAUCGGUGUUCAUGUUUCAUGAACAUGUACAAAAAACAAUGAAAAUUCUGUCAAAAUGUUGGAAUACAAGGUUGUAGAGGGUAAAAUGUAGCUCUACAAAUACCCAGUUAGGCUAAAUGUGCAACACUGUGAACAGAUCCAAACAUCACAUCUUAGAUUGAGAGAACAUACAGCACAGACAUACAGCUAGACUGAUUACGGGAUCCCAAGAACUACAUUAUGAGAAAAGAUUACAUAAACUAGUCGUGUGUCUGCACUUUAGAAUUUAAAGGAAUAAUUUGAUGAUGUUUUCUGACAUGAAGGGGAAUAGCUAGGGAGAUAAAGAAAAACUAUUUACACUGGUUAAGGAGUUUAGCUGUAGAGGGGGAUAGUUUAGAAAUUAUUACCAGAGUAAGAGUCAUAGAGAUGUACAGCAUGGAAACAGACCCUUUGGUCAAACCCAUCCAUGCUGAACAGAUGUUCCAACCCAAUCUAGUCCUCUGCCAGCACUAGGCCCAUAUCCCUCCAAACCUUUCCUAUUCCUAUACCCAUCCAAAUGCCUUUUAAAUGUUGCAAUUGUACUAGCCUCCACCACUUCCUUUGGCAGUUCAUUAUAUACACGUAUCAUUCUCUGCGUGAAAAUGUUGUCCCUUAGGUCACUUUAAUAUCUUUCCCCUCUCACCCUAAACCUAUGCUCUCUAGUUCUGAACUCCCCACCUCAUGGAAAAGACUUUGUCUAUUUAUCCUAUCCAUGCUCCUCAUGAUUUUGUAAACCUCUAUAAGGUCACCUCUCAACCUCUGACGCCCCAGGGAAAACUAUCCCAGCCUGUUCAGCCUCUCCCUAUACCUCAAAUCAUCCAAACCUGACAACAGCCUUGUAAGUCUUUUCUGAACCCUUUCAAGUUUCACAACAUCUUUCCAAUAGGAAGGAGACCAGAAUUGCAUGCAAUAUUCCAACAGUGGUCUAACCAAUGACCUGUACAGCCGCAACAUGACCUCCCAACUCCUGUACUCAAUACUCUGACCAAUAAAGGAAAGCAUACCAAACACCUCCUUCACUCUCCUAUCUACCUGCGGCUGUUCAGGUCAUUGGUUAGGCCACUUUCAAGGAGCUAUGAACCUGAACUCCAAGGUCUCUUUGUUCAGCAACAGUCCCUAGAACCUUACCAUUAAGUGUAUAAGUACUGCUAAGAUUUGCUUUCCCAAAAUGCAGCACCUUGCAUUUAUCUGAAUUAAACUCAAUCUGCCACUUCUCAGCCCAUUGGCCCAUCUGAUCAAAAUCCCAUUGUAAUCUGAGGUAACCUUCUUCGCUGUCCACAACACCUCCAAUUUUGGUGUCAUCUGCAAACUUACUAACUAGACCUCAUGCUCACAUCCAAAUCAUUUAUAUUAAUGAUGAAAAGAAGUGGAACCAGCACCGAUUCUUCUGGUACUCCACUGGUCACAGGCCUACAGUCUGAAAAACAACCCUCUACCACCAUCCUCUGUCUUCUACCUUUGAGCCAAUUCUGUAAGCAAGUGGCUCGUUCUCCCUGUAUUCCAUGAGAUCUAACCUUGCUAACCAGUCUCCCAUGGGGAACCUUGUCGAAUGCUUUACUGAAAUCCAUAUAUAUCACAUCUACCACUCUGCUGUCAUCAAUCCUCCUUGAUACUUCUUCAAAAAACUCAAUCAAGUUUGUGAGACAUGAUUUCCCAUGCAUAAAGUCAUGUUGACUACCCCUAAUCAGUCCUUGCCUUUCCAAAUACAUGUACAUCCUGUCCUUCAGGAUUCCCUCCAACAACUUGUCCAAAUCACUUCUUCAUACAAAGGAUUGGAGAAGUCUGGAAUUCUGUUCUGCAAACAGCAGUCGGUGCUAGUUAAUUAUAAUUUGAGAUUGAUCUUUGUUAACUAAAUGUGUAAUGGGACACAAGUAUGCAGAGCAAAGUUGCAGAUCAACUAUAUGGAACAGACUCAAAAUGCUCAAAAUACAUACUUCUCUAUGUAUUUUUGUAAUAUAUUUGUGAGUUUGUUCUGAUUUGAUUUUGUAAAUCUGUUUGAAAAUGUAUUUUUGGUCACUGGAUUUACUAAGGUACAUCUUAUGGAAACAGAAGACUGUUUGUAUACUAAACGCAAUGCAUACUCAUUCCUUGAUCAUUUUGACUUUUUGGCAAUAUACUUCAGCCAAAAUAAUGGUGCUUUAUUUGAUGCAUUAACUUACUGAAUCUAAAUCCUUUUUUUUACAAUUAUGCGCAUUACACAAUAGACAUCCAAGAGGUUGAGAUGUAUAAAUUUGUACUUCACACCAAACCAGGCACCUGACCUGUUGCAACCUUCACACAGAUGAGGUCACUAAGGUCAAGGAUGUAACUGAAAAUUAUCACGGAGCAUUUAGCCUAUGUUCUCAUUGCUAAGACAAGAACCAAUUUGUAUUAGGAGUGUGAUUGCCAAUUUACAAGCUACUACUGUUUGUUUUUACUGCAACUUUAAGGGGACUCUUCUGGCUUAAGCAUUACAAAAUUGAACGAUGGGUAAUGUAAUUGCUCCUCAUAAGAACUUUGUAAACAUUUUUGCUUUUGUUUUUUUCCUUAAAAUUUGGCAUCUUACUUUUGACUUUCAAUCUGAUCUCCUUAUAGAUUUUUGCUCUCUUAUUCCUCCUAUUAAGGCAAGUUGAAAUCCAGAUUGUUUCUUCAGAUGGACAUAGGGUCACAAGCCAUUAUACAGGGAAGAACAGGGAGGCUCAAAUGCUCUGGUCAGAAUUUCCUCCUUAAUCAAUGGCACUAAAAGGACUAACUGGUGACUUCACUUAUUUGGCUGUUAUAUUACCUUCCCAGUAACAAUUAAAUUACAGGUCGUUCUGCUACAUUUCGUUAACACAAAUUCGCUGUAACACAAUUGACGAAUUGGCAAUGCUGUUUCUGAAGCGCAAACUUUUAAAACAUGUUGCCUGUUACACGAUUGCAUUACCAACACUUUAAGCGCUGGUUCUAAAGCACGAUAUUUCUGUAGUGCGGGGUUGCACUAGAACACAACUAUUGCAGUAUAGAAGAACUAACUGUACAACCAAAUUAACUCACUUAUGGCAAAGCACUUUGGAAGGCACUAUGUAAAUUCACUUUCUUUUUCCUUCUUUCCUCCUUAAUAUAUCUUGUAAAUAGGUGACCUAGUGAUAGAUGUUGCAUUUUCACCCAACCACUUGAUUCUACCAACAUUAGACAGAUGAAUCUUGAAAAUUCUGAUUGGGCUGUAUUUGUUAAGUUGUUCCAUCUCUGUGUGAGGGAAAGGAAGAUCUGACAUUAUGUAAUUUGCAUCUCUUGGAUCAUGCCAGUACUAUUCAAAUGGAUUGGCAUUGAUGGCAAUUGUGUAUUAAGGCCUGGCCUAUUCCAUGCUUCCCUACAAAGAAUAGGAUAUGUCUCAGUUACAGUAAUUACUAGGCAUUUCCUGUACUGCUGAGUGUGUGUUUUUGAAUAAAUUCUCAACACCAGUACUUUUGGCACAACAUGUAGAAAUGUAGAAGUGGUAUAAUUUCUGUAUACUUUGC